AUGCCUGAGAACGACUCGGACAAGCCUCGGUAUGCGAAGCCUGAAGACUUCCUGUGGGAUACGUACCUGAAGGCGUCUAAGGACGAGGAUGAAGCGCGCCCGGAGAAUUGGGAGGGCAGCACGACGGGCAUUCUGACAUUUACUGGUCUAUUUGCCGCGACCGUAGCGGCUUUCAUCGUCGAGAGCUACAAGCUGCUUUCCGUCGAUUCUGGCGAUCAGACCGUCCAACUCCUCUCGCAACUCCUUGUCGCGACCGCGAAUGCAUCCUCAGGCCUUCCCGUCGUCAUCACGGCGCCUGAACCGUUCUCCACCCCACCCGCGGCCAUUGCUACGAACGCUCUAUGGUUUAUGAGUCUAUUUAUUUCACUUGUCUGUGCUCUACUAUCAACAUUGGUUCAGGAAUGGUCCCGAGCGUACGUUCAGGACAUCAAUAGACGAAAGGUCCUUCACGAGAGCAUGCGGGAACGCGCUUUCAAUCACAUCUACAUCCGCAUGGGCGUCAAUCGUUACGGUAUGGACCAGUUCGUAUCUUGGAUUGUUGCGCUGGUACACCUUGCCGUCUUCCUCUUCGCGUGCGGGCUUCUGGUCUUCCUCUUUCCUAUUGACCACAUCGUGGCUGGCAUUGCUACCGCGAUUUUUGGCGUCUUCGUCAUCAUAUAUGGCAUAGCCAGCCUGCUCCCUCUCCUCGAUAAGAGUUGCCCGUACAGGACUCCAGUCACAUACCUGCUGGCCUUCGCCUACUGGUCAGUUUUUCGCAGUCGAAUUGGCGGUGUUUUCUUGUCUUUGCGCAAGAAGGGCACCAAUCGGGACCAGACGACGCUUUAUGCCCUCAUCACCAGGCACCAGCUUGAGAAGAACAUCGUCAUUUCAGAGGAUGACAGGACGAGUAUUCCCUCCCCCGAGUUUGUGGGCAUUCUGCGAUUGGCGGGCCUUGACGAAUGGCUUGAACCUGGAAGCGCAUUCAAUACUAAACUUCGCAACGAUCCUAACCAUAAGUUCCUCAGUGCUUUCCCCGGCACGGUUUGUGUCGAGAUACUCCGAGAGCUUGCGAAGCGCGUGAACUUCGAAACAUAUUUUGAACGCGCAGCAGCAGCUCGGCGUCCGCCCCUGACAUUGCCGAUACUGGGCACCGACAACAGCUCCGAACAUCCUCGUCUUGCUCAACCGGGUGCAGACGUCUCAGAUGAUACGGAGCCAGCACCGCCACGUAGCGCUCGAAUCUCGACGAUGGACGCGUUGAACGUGAAAGGUGUUCGCGAUCUGCCCGCAGACUCGGAACACGGGGCCUUCGCCCUUGCCGCCGGAGAUCUAGAUGAUGCGGCUACUGGCUCGUAUGGAAACCCGCAUGAGCGGCCGGGCGGGGCCGUUGACCCUGUCGAGCUUGAGCAGGGUCCAGCCACUAUGACAGCAGCGCAGCUCCUUGGUGAGCGAGGCGAGGAUGAGACGAAUGGAGCUGGAGCAAACGAGUUAGAGAUGGUCACCAUUGUCCAUGAUCGCGAUGGACAUACGGAGAAUAGAGAGGCUUCCGAUGAAGCGGCGAUGGAUGAGAGAGAGUCGGUAGAUGUUGGUAUGGCUGCUCGACCUCGCAGUGGCGCCCAUGAUACAGACAACGGGGUAGGACGGGACGAGUUAAGUAGAGCUGGAGCACCCGAGUUAGACAUGGUCACCGUCGACUCCCGUGAUCGUGAUGCGCACAAGGCGGAUCAGGGGACGAAUGAAGCGCCAGAGAUUGAUGAGGGAGCGCGGGCAGAUGUUGAUAUGGAUAGUCGACCUCGCAAUAAUGGCCUCCAAGCGAUGGACGAUACAUAG